CCCUGCAGCAAGCGGAGGAGGUUGUGCAGACAGAGAGCUCCCAGCAGCACCUCCUGCAGCCCAGCGAUUCAUCUGAGAAGCAGCAGCCCAAGAGAUUACAUGUGUCCAACAUACCUUUCCGCUUCCGAGACCCUGACCUUCGUCAAAUGUUUGGGCAAUUUGGCAAGAUUUUAGACGUGGAGAUUAUUUUUAACGAGCGAGGCUCCAAGGGCUUUGGGUUUGUAACAUUUGAAACGAGCGCAGACGCUGACCGUGCGCGGGAGAAACUAAAUGGUACAAUCGUAGAGGGACGCAAAAUAGAGGUCAACAAUGCCACAGCGAGAGUGAUGACCAACAAGAAAGUAGCAAACCCUUACACAAACGGCUGGAAGCUCAAUCCAGUGGUUGGAGCUGUGUACAGUCCAGAAUUUUAUGCAGUGACAGGUUUUCCGUACCCCAGUGCAGGCGCAGCCGUGACCUACAGAGGGGCCCAGUUGAGAGGGAGGGGUCGGACGGUCUACAACACGUUCCGCGCCGCGCCUCCUCCGCCACCGCUCCCUGCGUAUGGAGCUGUGGUUUACCAAGAUGGCUUCUAUGGAACAGAAAUAUAUGGAGGAUAUGCAGCUUACAGAUAUGGCCAGCCAGCUAGUACUGCAGCAGCUGCAUACAGCGAUAGUUAUGGCAGAGUCUAUGCAACAGCGGAUCCAUAUCAUCACACGAUCGGUCCUACAGCCACAUACAGCGUGGGCACUAUGGCUAGCCUUUACAGAGGAGGGUGCAGUCGCUUCACUCCCUACUAGAAAAGAGGGAGACGCGUCCUCUUUACGUCCCCACAAAACAGACACUAAACAGCCGCACAUGAAUACACACAAUAACCCUCUCCACCCGCUACAUGGAAAACUAAACGCAAAAUCCUUCCAGGAGGUAGACUUGACCCUGAAAGCCAAGACUUAUUUUCACAGUGUGUAUUCAAUGUCACCUUUUGAUGUAAUGUACUUAAUUUGGGGGAGGAAAUGUGAUUAUUUGUUCCAGUACUCGUGUGUGUUGUAGAAAAAUGAAGUUGAGAGCUGUCUCCUCCCUUUAUCAGCCUUCUGCUCUGUACAUCUCUGUACAUGGCUGCUCAGCUUUCACUCAUCCUCCAUCGCCGUCUCACUCUCACUCGUUAACAGUGCCAUUCCAGUUUGAGCAAAUCAUUUUAGUUUGGAUUUACCGCAUAUGUCAUAUAAACACUCAAGCCCCUGGGAGCUUGAACAGGGAAGGAUG